AUGUGUACCCUACUUGCCCCUGUUACUUCUAAUUCUCUUGCAGUUCCAGGUGUAUUGUAUUCUUUGGUUGAGUACCUUUGGAAGAUAUGGCCUUUAUUGAAUGCAGUUUGUAGUAGGUCAUCCUUUCGAUGCAUUUCUCAACCAUUCAACUUCACCUUUGGAGAGAAUUCUUCCUCUGCUCUCACUGCUGCUGCUGCUGUCACUACUCCCUCCACUACUAAGGAGGUUGACCAUCCCUUAGCAGAGAUGCUUUCAGUCAGCAAUACCCCUGCUCCUUCUACAGCUGCAGCAUCAACAACUUUUAGCAUAAGCACAUGUUUUUCCUCCUCCUCCUCCUCCUCCUCCUCCUCCUCCUUCCCAUCUUCUUCACCCUCCUCUUGCAGGAGAAAGAAGCAGACAUGCAAGAAAGCCUCUCACAAGAAAUCUGGCAAGGCUUUGAGUGACCACUCAUCCCAAUCUCUGGAGGACAGCAGCUGCCAUACACCUGUGGGUGACUGA